UCCCCGGUUAGUUGAGCGAGUGCUCUCCCACUAGCGCAGCCACCCCCACCCACCAGGCCGGCCACUCCUGCCCACCACUACUACUACUACUUUUCUCUCCUUCCUCUCCUCUCUUCCUUCCCCCCAUUCCCUUUCCUAGGCUUCUUCUCGGCCACUCUACCGCGCGGAGGAGGAGGAGGAGGAGGAGAAGGGAGGGGAGAUCUUUGCCCCGGAGAGAAGGGGCGAGAUGGGCGGCCGGGUGGAUCACGAGUACUCCUACCUCUUCAAGAUGGUGCUGAUCGGCGACAGCGGCGUCGGCAAGUCCAACAUCCUCUCCCGCUUCACCCGCAACCACUUCUCGCUCGACUCCAAGUCCACCAUCGGCGUCGAGUUCGCCACCAAAUCCCUGCAGAUGGAGGGCAAGACAAUAAAGGCCCAGAUCUGGGACACAGCAGGGCAGGAGAGAUAUCGUGCCAUCACGAGUGCUUACUACCGGGGCGCUGUUGGCGCUCUCCUUGUUUACGACAUCACGAAGAGGCAGAGCUUCGACAAUGUCCACAGGUGGCUUCGUGAGCUCCGCGACCAUGCCGACUCGAGCAUCGUCAUCAUGAUGGUCGGCAACAAGUCUGAUCUGACCCAUCUGAGGGCCGUCUCUGAGGACGAAGGCAAGGCAUUGGCUGAGAAGGAGGGGCUGUUCUUCCUGGAGACGUCAGCCAUGGAGGCCGUGAACGUGGAGGAAGCAUUUCAGACUAUCAUCACCGAGGUCUAUGGCAUUGUAAACAGGAAAGCGCUGGCCGCCAAAGAAGCAGCCGCUGCGUCUGCUCCACUGCCUUCCCAGGGUAAAACUAUCAGCAUCGACAACACUGCAGGAAAUACAAAGCGGGCAUGCUGCUCUACUUAAUAUGUAAUUGAGCUUUCAGCGUCAUAUUGUAGAGAGCCAGGUGUGAUACUCGAUGGUAGACUCCGAGCAUAGUGAUCUUAAAUGGUGUGGAGGCAAUUGCUACACUUCUUUUCUUCUUUUUCAGUUGCGUGAGCAUCCCAUCCCAGAGUGCAUGGCUGCAGUUGCAGUUUAUUCAGUGUUUCCUAAUCAAAAGUUAGAUGUGUGUAUUAGGAUUCAUUCCUUUUCCGUUCUGAUCAUACAGAGCAAACUAUAGCUGCAAUAUAUCUCAGAUUAUACAAUUCAAACUAUAGCUGAAUUGCC